AUGAGUGACAUUGAAAGUUUACGUCAAGAAGCCGAGUCGCUCAAAAAUCAAAUUCGUGAUGCCAGAAAGGCAGCUUGUGAUGCUACUCUAUUACAAGUAGCACAAAAUGUCGAUCAGAUUGGUCGUAUUCAAAUGCGUACAAGAAGAACCCUUCGUGGUCAUCUUGCCAAAAUUUAUGCCAUGCAUUGGGGUUCGGAUUCAAGUUCCUCCUCUAGAAAUUUAGUAUCAGCUUCUCAAGACGGAAAACUCAUUGUAUGGGAUUCAUACACCACGAACAAGGUUCACGCUAUCCCACUUCGUUCAUCAUGGGUGAUGACAUGCGCCUAUGCACCAUCUGGAAAUUUUGUAGCUUGUGGUGGUCUUGAUAAUAUUUGUUCAAUUUAUUCAUUAAAAACACGUGAAGGAAAUGUACGUGUUAGUCGAGAAUUACCCGGUCAUACGGGAUAUUUAUCAUGCUGUCGUUUUCUUGAUGAUUCUCAAAUUGUAACAAGUUCAGGCGAUAUGACAUGUGCUCUGUGGGAUAUUGAAACUGGACAACAAACAACUAGUUUUCAAGGACAUACGGGUGAUGUUAUGUCACUUUCAUUAUCACCCGACAUGAAAACAUUUGUUUCGGGUGCAUGCGAUGCCUCUGCCAAACUUUGGGAUAUACGAGAAGGCAUGUGUAAACAAACAUUUCCCGGCCAUGAGUCGGAUAUCAAUGCUGUUACCUUCUUUCCAAAUGGAUCGGCAUUUGCUACAGGAUCUGAUGAUGCAACUUGUCGUCUAUUCGAUAUUCGUGCUGAUCAAGAAGUAGGAAUGUAUUCCCAUGACAAUAUUAUAUGUGGUAUAACAUCGGUUGCCUUCUCCAAAUCGGGUCGUCUUCUAUUGGCCGGUUAUGAUGAUUUUAAUUGUAAUGUUUGGGACACACUUCGUCUUGAACGUGCUGGUGUUCUGGCUGGUCACGAUAAUCGUGUCAGUUGUCUUGGUGUAACCGAAGAUGGUAUGGCCGUAGCGACUGGUUCAUCGAUCACUGUACCUGCUCCUUUAUUUGUUCCAAUGAUGCCUAUGUUUUUUCCUUAUGGUAAUGCUAAUGCAACUGGGCAACAAUUUUUUGCUUCAGCUGUUUAUCCUAACGUUUCAACAUAUCCAUCAACUGGUAAUCAUCGUCAUGGAAAUGUUGGACUUGGUUAUAACACAUUUUAUAAUCCAUUUUAUUCUACUCCAAAUAAUAUUUUAUCUCCAGUCACACAUGUCACUAAUUCAGCAGUAUUAAUUCCACCACAUCCAUUAAUGCCAACACGAUUGCUAUCAUCACAACAACUACAGCAUUCAUCAAUAGGCUCUCCAACUGCUGGAAAGGACGUUGAACGCAAUAAAAACUUGAAUAUUCGUGAAUGUCAAUCACCAAUUAUAGAUCAAACAAAACAAGCAAAAACUGCAUUAAUGAUUGUUGAUACAAAUCAAAAUGAUACAUAUUUAAGACCACGUAAAGAUUCAUCAUCAGCAUCAUCAUUUAUAUCUCGUUCAGAAUCGGAUCAAAUUCCUUUGCCUUCUUCGUCUUCUGUUCAAGAUAUUGAUAAUGAUAAUCGACAAGAUGAUUUUUUAACAUUUAUUGAACAGAAAACGAAAACAAACACAAAAAUACCAGAAUUAAAUCCAUUUGCUAAUGAAUUUUGUUUCAUCAAUAAUAAAAUUCCUACUAAAGAUUCAUCAAUAAUAACAAAUGGUAUUGAUCAUAAUACAAAUAAUGAAAAUCAAUCAUCAUAUAGAUUAUUAUUUGAUAAUUUAAUUGAAAAAAGUCUUGAAUCUAUUGAAGCUAUUAAAAAAUCAAGAAAAAAAACUCUUGUUAAUGAUAUAUCUGUUCAAUGUAGUCCAAUAAAUGAUUCUAUUAAUCGUUCAACACAAACAAUGGAUCCUAUAAAUAAUAUGGAUCUUAUUGAAGAAUAUAGUUUGCGUACAAUUAAAUUAAUGGAUAAAUUACUUGGAAAUUUUCGAAAUGUAUAUCAAAAUGAAGUUCAUAAUGAAUGCAAAGCAAUGGCUUAUACAUGUGAUGAAUUACAUCAUUUAAUUUUAUUUAUUCAUCAUACAAUAUCAUCGUUACGUAAUGAUCAACAAAAAAACUCAUCAAUGGAUUUAGAUAAUCCAUUUAGUAGUAUGAUACAAGAUCUUGAAAACAAUAUGAAAAAUAGUAAUAGAUAUCAAACAUCAUCACAAUUUCCACAUAGUGAUGGACAAGGUACACGUCGUUUAAUGACAUCAUAUAGUAAUUCAUCAAUACCAUCAUUUUCUUGUCGUCAGGCUGAUCAAACAACAAUAGUUAAAUCAAAAUUAUGUUUAAUUUGUCAUAGACCUAUAAAUGAUAGUGAUGAUGUUAUGCAUACACUAUGUCGAUCAUUAGCAUCACGUCCAAAUAUGUCCACUGAUACAUAG